AUGGAGCAGCAGGCGAUUCAGAUUUAUGGACAGCCGUUGGAAGAUCCGGAGAUGUUUUGGGCGCCGAUUGAACAAGCGGAGCAGGGACCCUAUGGCUUUCUUGGCGAUCUGCUGCUCAGCAUCGCGAGUGGCAGCCCCCGCGGACUACAGAUAGAGAAUUUUGGAGCACGCGAUGAGGAUGACGUUUUGAUCCUACAACUGCUGGAAGGGCCCCAAGAUCAGGCAAACCUAAAUGAUUGGUUGUCAGGUGAUUUGCAUCCAUCUCCAUUGUUGGACACAAAUGCCCAUUAUCAGACAAAAUGUAGGAGAAGUGGCCGAAGAGGAACUCGGAAGAGGAGGACGUCUCCAUGGAACCCGAUGUUCUUUAAAAGUCGUGUUAGUAGGGAGUACACAAGGAGGAAAAAUAAUAGCCGGUGGACUGCUAAAGUGGAGAUACUGGUACAAGGUGUCUCUAAAUUUGGUGUUGGACGAUGGGCCUUGUUGAAGCAGCAAUUUUUCGAAACGUCAAUUAGGACAUCAGUAAAUCUUAAGGACAAGUGGAGAAAUCUGUUGAAAGCUUACCAGGGAAAUUCACAAAAAACUACACAGCUGUAUCUUGAGCCAUCAUUCGUUGAACAGAUCAGGAAGCUGGCAGCAAAACAAACAUAUCCAAAUAAAAGGCACAAAUAG